CUUGUUGUUUGCCUGAAGAUAAGCAGAGAACGGGGUGAAACCUGGAUGACGUAUCCUAUCAACACCGUGCGAAAGUUGAUCAUCAAUAAUCUCAUUUUGCGUUAGGUCUGCGCUAUAUCCACUGCUCGACAAACGCGGAAUUUGUUAUAAAGUUUUCGUUUGUUUGAACGUGUUUUUGACGUCUGAAGCACGCGCGUAAUGAAGCGCUCGUGAUCAGCUGCUGCUUCCUCUCAUGGGCAAAGUUUUUUUUACUUCGCGAUAAAUUUGUACGCACAAUACGAACACUGUUACUACUUCACACUUGACAGCACGGAUUUAUUAUUGAACCUGUAAGAAGAUUAAAGUCAUGACGGGCCGAGAAGACGAAUACGACUAUCUCUUUAAAGUGGUGCUGAUCGGUGACUCGGGUGUGGGCAAGAGUAACCUGCUCUCUCGCUUUACCCGCAAUGAGUUUAACCUGGAGAGCAAGAGCACCAUCGGGGUGGAGUUUGCCACACGAAGCAUCCAUGUGGAGGGCAAGACCAUUAAAGCCCAAAUCUGGGAUACAGCCGGACAGGAGAGAUACAGAGCCAUUACAUCAGCGUAUUACAGAGGUGCCGUCGGAGCCCUGCUGGUGUAUGACAUCGCCAAGCAUCUGACCUAUGAAAAUGCAGAGCGCUGGCUGAAGGAGCUGCAGGAUCAUGCCGACAGCAAUAUUGUCAUCAUGUUAGUGGGGAAUAAGAGUGACCUGCGCCAUCUGAGGGCCGUGCCAUUGGAUGAAUCCAAAGCGUUUGCAGAGAAGCACGGGCUUUCUUUUUUGGAGACAUCCGCUCUGGACUCUUCUAAUGUCGAACUUGCCUUUCAGACCAUUCUCACAGAAAUCCAUCGUAUCGUCUCCCAGAGGCAGAUGUCAGGGCGUGGUGAUUCCGACUUCUCACCCAACUCCAAAGUGGUACCCAUCACUGUACAGCCGACGCAGAAUUCCGGCAAACAGGGCUGCUGUCAAAAUAACUAAGCCGCCACAGCGCCACCACAGGGUUUGGGGAAAUUUUUGAGCAGGCUGUUGUUGGGCUGGGCAUAAAGACGGGCCGUGCUCAUGUCUGACCGACUGUUGUUUGACCUCUGCGUGGCGUGGGUAGCAUAUUUAACAAACAUACUUGAUUAUGCCCAGAACGAGCAAGUAAUAAGCUUCAAACUUGAAGAGCUAUAGAAGUUGAAAUUGAAUGGAUCAAGCAAUUUUUUGCUGAGCUUUGCUUUUUGUUUCAGACUAAAUAGAAUUGGGCAGUUAGCUGGGGCGCUCAGACGUGACUGCUCUUAUUUAUCUGCACUUCAGUCUGCUUACAAAUGAGCAGAAACAACUUCACCAAAGAUUUUUUUAGAAUGUGUAUUACUACUUUUAAAUAUAAAUUGUUGAAAGGUUCUCAUAAAAAAGGGUAAUUUGUUAAAAGUUGUAUUUUUGUUUAGUUAAUCGCCACUAAAAUGACAUAGUAUCGCACAUCUCUGAACCGGGAGAAUUAAAAACUGGGGUCACCCUAAACACAUUUAUUUCAUUCCUGUGCACACGGUUAGUCCUGUAACAGCUCUUCUGUAUUUAUUGAAUGCAAAUAUAAUCUCGAUAUUCUGUGGUGUUUUGUUUUGCCUCCUUUAUAUGUACGAUAUUAUUGAUUGGGAUUUCUCAAGGGCUUCUCCAGUCAUUUCACAUUUCAGCUGUGGCUGUCUGUAGUCAUGUUUCUUUCGAUCCGAGAAGUGUCCUUUGAAAAAAAAAAAACAGCUGUAUAGUUGUAGGAGAGUACAUUCAGGGUUGGGAAUCGGUUUUCUUAAUUCAAAUUAAAAAAAGGAACUAAUCAGUUUCAUGAUGUUUGGUUAUGUUUGUCUCUUGUCUCUUGUUGAAUGUUGAAUGUUAUCUUCUCAAAAAGUAAUUCUGAGAUAAUGAGCAUCAACUUUGAUUUUAGCCAUUUAUUUCACUACGAUUUCAAUCUUUGACAUGGUCUCACCCAGUGAAUAUGAAAGAUAUCAAGGUUAUAUUUUGACAGAAUGUUUUUCACAUAAUGUAGGAUGAUUUUAUGUAAAAAAAACACUAAAUCCCAAAAAAGACUUUAGCUGGGUUUUCACAGCCUUGGUCACGUGUGAAUAAAAUAUGUAUGCAUUAAAGCCAACAUAGUUCAUAGUUUCCCAUCAUUUAAAUCAGCGCCAACCUAAUUUUACAAUCAAUGCAUGGUAUAUAUGUUUCCUAUGUUGGAAAGAAAAUAUGUUAUAAAAAUAAAUGAUAAAAAAACCCA